CUUCGUCAUAUGGAGUCAAGUGCCGCCUUCCACGGCAUCCGAACCGCCAUCUCCUCCUCGGCCACUUCCUCGUCUGUUCUAUCCCCCACUUCGUCCCCGCCGCCCACAGUGGCGCCCGGUUACGGCGGCCCCUGCGCGGCCUGCAAGGUCCUGCGGCGCAGGUGCAGCGACAAGUGCGUCCUCGCCCCCUACUUCCCGCCCGCCGAGCUGCUCAACUUCGCCACGGCGCACCGCGUCUUCGGCGCCAGCAACAUCAUCAAGCUGCUACAGGAGCUGCCCGAGGGGCACCGGGCCGACGCGGUGAGCAGCAUGGUGUACGAGGCGGGCGCUCGAGUCCGCGACCCCAUAUACGGCUGCGCCGGCGCCAUCUGCUUGCUCCAGAAACAGGUCGAGGGGCUGCAAGCCGAGCUGGCGCAGGCGCAUGCCGAGCUGCUCAAACUCCAGGCUCAGCACAAGAGCCUUGUCAACGCCCUCCUCUCGCCCCAGCUGCCGCCACCUCUCGACGCUUCGGCGCCCUUCGCCGACUACAUCGGCGAGCCCUGGGACGAGCCGCUCUGGACGAUUUAAUCUGACGUGGAAUUGAAUAAAUUUUUUUAAAAAAUAAUAAUAUUAGUGUAAUAAUAAUUUUGUGUCGAGAAAACAAAUUUGCCGACAGUACGAACCAUUAAAUUUGGUUAAUUGCAUGUUGUUUGGUAGUUGAAGGUGCAAAUUAAUUCUAA